AAUGAAAAAAGUCGUACAUCGAUCAUAUGGAACUUAAAUUAUGCUAUUACAUAAUUGCCUUUCAGUUUAUAGGCUGAAAUUGUCAAUUUUAGAGCAUAUGCUGCUAAGCUCCUUUCAGUUCAGUUCAAGGUCAUAGCGUGUUGUGUAAUGUUAUCUGUUUUACGUACUGAGCUGUCGUGCCUUGACAGUGUUUGUGAGAUGUUUGAUCGUUGCUGUAGACAAUGGUGAACUAUCGGAAUGUUUUGUAAUGGGCACAAUGUGGAAAUUCUGCAUGACACAUUCUGCAACAUUACCAAGUUAACCAGUAAAUAGACUCUUGAACAAUGGCAGCUUGCACUGGAAACUCUCAACUAGAUCCUAUGGCCACAGGAAAAGAAGGUGAGCAGCUGUUGGUUGACUUGGAAAAACUAUCCUUACAGAAGGAGGAACACACUGUGUUGAAGAAAGUAGACCCAACUUUGGAUUUUCCAUACUUGACUGAAUUAAAUACAGUAAAACAUAUCAAGGAGAGAAAGGUGAUGUUCUUGUUGCGUGGUUUACCUGGAUCAGGCAAGUCUACAAUUGUUUCCAAUCUUCAGUAUGUUUACCCAACUUCUGUGAAGUGUUCUGCAGAUGACUUUUUCCUUGUCAAAGGUCAAUACAAAUUUGAUGCUGCACGAUUACAGGAAGCUCAUGGAUGGUGCCAGACAAAGGCACGCUAUGCCUGUGAGUCAGGUACUCCUGUUGUUAUCAUUGACAACACAAAUGUGCUCAGGGAAAUGCAGUUCUACUUAAAUUUAGCGCAUCGGACAAACUACACAGCCAUUACAGUAAUUCAGAAAACAUCUUGGCGUUUUAGUCCUGAUGUACUUGCAAGGAGGAAUAAGCAUGGUGUCAGUGAACAUAUUCUAAGAGAAAAGGUUCAUCAGUUUGAGAACAAGGCUCCAGUAUACUAUGGUUGGUUCUUGACAGAGGAAUCAAGUAAAUAUAUACGGUUCAUAGCUAAACACCUGUAUGAGGAGUGUCGGAAGCAUUUUCCGGAUUACUGCAGGUCUAUUCUGGAGGUGUAUCGUAAGAAAUAUCAGAAGCCUUCACAAGAGAAUGAGAAAAGCCAACUAAAGCUACACUUUCCAUGGAAGUCUGAUGAUCUUCUGCACUGUACAGCCAAGUUCUGCAACAAAGGGAGAGCACUUGGUGCUUCAACAUACCACACCAGACAGGAUGUUGCAGACAAUGUCGGAAAGGCCUUCAGACUUAAGGUAGUGGGCUUCACCUUCUCACAAAACACUGUAGCAGGAAGAAUAUGUCUGAGUGAGGAGCAACGUGCUCUCUUUGACAAACCAGAAGAGAGAGAAAGAGAUGAGGUGAUUGCCAGGAACAAAGCUGUGAAUGCAAGGUUAGCACAAAUGUCAAAAUAUCAAACAAGAAUUAAGGAUAAAAUACUCUCUCCUGCAGCUGCAACAUCAAAACCAGCUACCCUUCCCCACCUAAGGGGUUCGGUCGAAGCGCAGCACUUGACUGUUUGUUGUUCACAGGGUGUGCAAAACAGUCACACUAUUCAUGAUCUGCUGGACAUCUGUGACAUGGAGAGUGCUGGUGAGAUGGGUCAUGGUGUGAAGGUGGCCGGGGGUGAGGCGGUGUAUCUUGGGGAGGGGUUCUGUGUCGUCUACCUGUACAGACCAAUAUAUGUAACAACACUCUACUCCCCAUAUCAUGUUUAAGUAUGUGUGAGCCUACUGUUACUAGGGCUGGCUAUGGAUUUAAAUUACAGAGAUGGAUAAUUGUAACUAAAAAUCAAUUAUCGAUAUUUAUCGGAGAAGUAACUUUGAGCCAAAAUGCAAAAAAAUGUCUGAAAUAAAUACAUUUCAUGCCACUAAAUCAGUGACAUGUUUAUGCAUGGGUUACUAACAACACAGCAUCCUGAGCAUAAUUUAGGAGAAUCAUGUGAUUAAAAACUUAACUUUGUAGAUUAAAAUGUUAUUCUAUCACAAAGCCUUAUAUAUACGAUAUUAUCGAUGACACCAUUUUCAUAUUGAUAAUCAUGAAUAAUUUUUCCUAUCGAUGACAUUUCCGAAUAUCAAUCAUUUUUAGCCAGCCCUAGCUGUUACUGUUAUGAAAUACUCCAUGGCAGCACUGUAUUUUCAUAUACACUAGAUAUAACAAGUGUCUUAAGGUCAGACAGCCAUCACCAUCUCUCAAAGGAACUACAUGUCAUUAUUUUUACAAUUUCACUAAUUUUUUAGCAUCUUUAUUUUAUAUUUUCUGGACAUAUUUGCCUUUUCAUCCAGCUGAUGCAGGCAAUUGUUUAGGUAUCCAAUAUGAGGACAUUUCAUUAUUAUCCAGAACUAGCUGAAGUACUAGUGUUAGUCUCGAUAUAGAAUAUAUGAUAGUAUAUGAAUCAUUUUCAGAAUUGGUAACACAUAUAUGUUGUGGAAAUAUGAAAAUAUAUUUUCUUUUAUGGCUUUGGUUGGUACACUUCCCUUGGUUUCACCUCCUGUUUUCAAUAUUUACUUCAUAAAAUGACUCAGAUUUCAUAAAUUUGGCUUUAAGACAUGACUAUGUUGCUUUUGCUCUGUCCCAGCUCUAGUACAAUAUAGAACAAACUUUAAGAUAACAACUUCUUUUAUUCGUGAGUGCGACGUUUCGAUACAGAUUCUUGUA